AAAUUCCCUCCCACCAAGCCCUAAUUUUGUUCAAAUGUUUUCUUCUUUUCCUUUUUUUUUUCUUUUAAUCUGCCUACGUCGCCUUCCCCUUUCUGGAAGCGGAGUCACUCUCCUGUUCUUAGUCGCCUCCUCACGGCUCUCAACAAAAUCCCCACUCCGAAGAGCGGGACGCAGGCGAUUGCAGAGCCUCCUCGAACCUUCUCCACGGACGACCCAAUCGCCGCCUCAGGACGCCUGGAGCUGGUCAUCGCGUAGCUCGCCCAGAGACUUGCGAGAACCCCGAUAAGCUCGCCGAACGGACAGGCGGGUGAAGCUUCGACAUCGACGGCGGCCACCGGGAGGAAGGUGAUUUCGCGGCACGAAGGAGGUGACUUGAGGUUCGGUUAGCGGCAGCGAUGGAUGAGAGAGGUAGUGGAGGCCGAAGCGGCGAUAAGGGUGUUGGAGCUGAGGACGAGGGAAGUACGGCUCCUCUUCCCGAAAAGGUUCGGGUAGGUGGUUCGCCCUUAUACACAAUAGAAAGAAAAUUGGGAAAGGGUGGUUUUGGUCAAGUAUAUGUUGGGCGUAGAGUUGGUCCAACCACGUCGAAUGAGCGAACCGGCCCAGGGGCUAUUGAGGUUGCGCUGAAGUUUGAGCAUAGAAGCAGUAAAGGAUGUAAUUAUGGACCGCCCCAUGAGUGGCAAGUAUACAAUGCUCUUGGUGGAAGUCAUGGAGUACCACGAGUACAUUACAAGGGGAGGCAGGGUGACUACUAUGUCAUGGUUAUGGAUAUGCUUGGGCCUAGUCUGUGGGACGUAUGGAAUAACAACUCUCACACCAUGUCAACUGAAAUGGUUGCCUGUAUUGCGAUCGAAGCAAUCUCCAUACUUGAGAAGAUGCACUUCCGAGGAUAUGUGCAUGGCGAUGUAAAACCUGAGAAUUUUCUGCUUGGUCCCCCAGGAACACCUGAAGAGAAAAAGCUGUUUCUGGUUGAUCUUGGCUUAGCCACCAGGUGGAGGGAUAGUUCAACAGGCCUACAUGUUGAAUAUGACCAACGUCCAGAUGUUUUUAGAGGGACAGUUCGGUAUGCCAGUGUGCAUGCUCAUCUUGGUAGAGUUGGCAGCAGGAGAGAUGACUUAGAAUCACUUGCUUACACACUCAUUUUUCUUUUGCGUGGACGUUUACCGUGGCAAGGAUUUCAGGGAGAGAAUAAAGGGUUCCUUGUCUGCAAAAAGAAGAUGUCCACUUCCCCAGAAACACUCUGUUGCUUCUGCCCUCAGCCUUUCCGACAAUUUGUUGAGUAUGUGGUGAACUUAAAAUUUGACGAGGAACCCAAUUAUGCUAAAUAUAUCUCUCUCUUCGAUGGUAUCAUUGGCCCGAAUCCGGAUAUUAGGCCGAUCAAUACUGAUGGUGCUCAGAAGCUUGUCUGUCAGGUUGGACAUAAAAGAGGACGACCGACGAUAGAAGACGAAGAAGAUGAACAGCCCAAAAAGAAGGUUCGAAUGGGGAUGCCUGCUACACAAUGGAUAAGUAUCUAUAAUGCUCGUCGACCAAUGAAGCAAAGGUAUCACUACAAUGUGGGAGAUAUGCGGUUAUCACAGCAUAUAGAGAAAGGAAAUGAGGAUGGGUUAUUCAUCAGCAGUGUGGCUUCUUGCUCUAACCUUUGGGCCUUAAUAAUGGAUGCUGGAACUGGCUUCUCUGCUCAAGUUUAUGAACUCUCACGCUACUUUCUUCCCAAGGAGUGGAUCAUGGAGCAGUGGGAGAAGAACUACUAUAUCACUGCAGUUGCCGGAGCUAACAAUGGGAGCUCAUUAGUUGUGAUGUCUAAGGGAACUCCAUAUCUGCAGCAGUCAUAUAAAGUGAGUGAUUCAUUUCCCUUCAAGUGGAUUAAUAAAAAAUGGAAGGAAGGCUUUUUUGUCACAUCGAUGGCUACUGCUGGGACCAGAUGGGCUGUCAUUAUGUCCCGUGGUGCAGGGUUUUCUGAUCAGGUUGUGGAGCUAGAUUUUCUCUAUCCUAGUGAAGGCAUUCAUAGAAGGUGGGACGGCGGCUACCGCAUCACAUCAACUGCUGCUACUUUAGAUCAGGCUGCUUUUAUCCUCAGCAUUCCACGAAGAAAGCCAGCAGAUGAAACCCAAGAGACCUUACGAACUUCUGCUUUUCCUAGCACACAUGUCAAGGAAAAAUGGGCGAAGAAUCUCUACAUUGCUUCUGUUUGCUAUGGUCGGACUGUUUCAUGAGCUGCCAAAUUUUUCCUCGCCAUUGGAAUAUCGAUGAAAUGCUUGGAUAAUCGGCAUUCAGCUUUUACCAUCUACCACCGACUUAGGAAUGGCAAAUCAAAUCCAAACCAUAUGAAUGGCGGAUGAGUGCCAAAAGUAUAUUUCAUUAUUCAUUGCAACACAUCUAAUAGAAAAGACUCCACACUGUCUCAAUCAUAUUAAAAUCCCUAUUAGAAAAUGCUGUCGUCGUUCUAUCAUGAGGCAAAUAUUUUUCUGCUCAUUGACUAGAAUUUGUAUAUGUAGAAAAUGUAACUUGGUUGAUGGUGCGGUGCAUGUCAGGUCUUGAUUGUAAGUGGUUCUUUUCAAGUGUUCAGUUGUGAUGCUUUAGUGAAGCUGCAACUUUCUGAGCUGGACGCUAUGUAUUUGCUUUUGUAGGACUCAAGCUCCUGUGAUCUUCAUCCUUUUUCUGAGCUCAGUGAUUUUGAGUUACCCAUCAGAGAAAACCUACAUAUAGGUUGUCAUUUGUAUUAUUGUCAAAUCUUUUUGUUCGGCUUCUCUUUGAUUUUGAAGUGGUUAUUGUGCAAAAUCUUAAGCAGCAUUUAAAUUG